CGCCAUGGUUGAAUGAGCUUGAAAUUGAGAGUUUACCCCUUUCGAUGCACAAAUACAUGCGUCAAUCUCAGAUUUACAGUUUUUCAUUGUUGUAGGGUAAAGUUUGUGUUUUAGUGCGAAGUCGGCUUACUAAUUGCUACGAUGAAGAUAGUCUUCACCUUGUUAUUUGUGCUAAUACAGCACCCGUACUUCAUCCAGGGCGAAAAAGUACUCGAUGCCACUCGGACUCGGGUGUGGGGUCCAGGUAUUGAGCAUGCCGACAGAAUCCCGUUACAUGCUAGAUAUUUCUUCAUCGAACCCAGAUAUGCAAACAAUGAGAUUAUCACAGAGCAUGUCAAGUAUCGCAUUAUAUUUACGGGAAAAUCACGAAUCGGCGAAUGCCGCGUCAAGCUCGAGCAAAUCGACCGAUUCGAUGGGUCGGCUUUGAUCCGAUACAAACUGAUGGAGACAUGCUGGGAUCUCAGCAUUCAAGUGAUUCAUGGAGAACAACAUCUCGGGAAUUCUCCCUAUCAAUUUGCCGGCAAGUUGUACCCCGAGAAUUGCUACUGUCCUCAAUCGUUGUUGGAUGAUUGGGUUGACCAGAUAGGCUGCCCAGCGAGUGACUCGCAAAUCGAUAGCGACUUGAUACCGUUUAAAUCCGUAAAUUUCUCCAGCUUGAGGCCAAGAAUAAUUCAUCAAUAUGACAAACCGGGAAGUGUGUCACUGUGCAAUUAUGUUGUGAAAAAUAACAAUGUCUAUCGGACUUGUUACGGUCGUUACACUGGCUUCAAGAUGUACAUGGAUGCCGUAUUACUUUCAUUAACCAGAAAGACAUUUCUGCCCGAUAUGGAAUUAUUCGUUAAUUUAGGCGACUGGCCACUGGUCACCAAAGGUGGUCAGCGUAGAACUACCGGGCCUUAUCCGAUUUUUUCAUGGUGUGGAAGUAGUGAUUCGUUUGACAUUGUAAUGCCCACCUACGACAUCGUCGAGUCCUCACUGGAAGCUAUGAAUCGCGUAUCGCUCGAUAUGCUUUCGAUACAGCGAAAGGGUGUUCCAUGGGAUCAAAAAAUUGCCAAAGGAUUUUGGCGUGGGCGUGACUCUCGAAGGGAGAGACUCGAUCUGGUCGGUAUCUCUCGAAGCAACCCGGACGUGGUAAAUGCAUCUCUAACCAAUUUCUUCUUCUUCCCGGACGAGGAAAAGAUAUACGGUCCGAAGGUGGCCCACAUCUCCUUUUUCGAGUUCUUCGACUACAAAUACCAGAUUAACGUGGAUGGAACUGUGGCAUCCUACCGAUUUCCCUAUCUGCUUGGCGGAUCCUCCGUUGUUUUCAAACAAGAUUCAAAAUACUAUGAACAUUUCUACAGUAAAUUACAGAGCGGAGUGCAAUAUAUUCCGAUUAAGAAGGAUUUGUCUGAUCUCAUUCAAAGCAUUGAACAAGCCAAGAGCAUGGAGGAAAACAUGUUGGAGAUUCGAAACAAUGCUAAAAUAUUUGCUGAGGAAAACUUACUUCCCAAAUCAAUUUUGUGUUACUAUGGGAAUCUGUUUAGGCAAUAUGCAAACUAUAUUGUUAGUUCGAUAGAGGUCCUGCCAAAUAUGGAGUUGGCAGAUCAAACAGAGACGCAAUGUGGGUGUGAAUUGAAGGACAGUACCAGUCACGAUGAACUCUAGUCUAGUUCCUUGAUGGAUAUAGAAAUUCCCGUUACGAGUACCUCGCUCAACAAGAAACAUUUUAAUGUUUAGAUGCACUAUAUAUAUAAUUUAUUUUAGAAAGGAAUAAAGUUUACUUAAGCUUA